UUGAUGGUUCGUGGUAUUCGAAGCGUUGGGUCGUCCGAGGAAGAAACGCAAGUAAUACGCUUUCUCAAUCCUCUGACAAUAAUCAGUGGUCCUAACGGAAGUGGAAAAACAACACUUAUUGAAGCUCUGAAUUACAUUACUACCGGAUCCCUUCCGUCCGGUAAACUUGCUUCUUUUGUUCAUAGCGUAGAGGUGGGCCAUCGUUUUGCACCUGCAUAA